AUGAGUAAGCGUACGAGUUUUGCGAGUGUUAAAUCGAUCGGGGUUGGACAAGAUAGUAUUCAAGGAAAAUCCGCUAAUAGUAAUUUUGAACCAGUUAAACUUGACAUUAAAGUUGCUCAAACGGCCGUUGUUUGUCUUCAAAGUACUGAAGAUACUGUUCUCAUACGCGCAUGUGAUUCAUUAUUUAAGUUUGCUGACAAAAGCGACAAUAACAAACUCACGCUACAUCAGAUGGGCGCUACCGAUACAUUGUUCACAUUAACACAUCAUGAAAAUCCGACGGUACAACGAAAUGCGACCAUGGCAUUUGGUCUUCUUGCUGCUCAUGUACGACGUCACUUACGAAAAAUUGAUUGUAUCCCUCACAUUGUCUCAUUGUUGUCGCCAGAGCAUGAUCGCCUCACAAAUGAAUUCGCUAUCUAUUGGCUCUGUCAGAUGUGCACCGAUUAUAGCACAAAAUCGGCUGUCCUAUCAUUAAAUGUGCUACAACCUUUGAUUCGUCUCGUCGAUGAACUUGAUCCUGAUAUUAAAUAUUAUUCAUUAGCAACAAUUGAAAAAAUUUUAGAUGAUUAUCAUGCGAGAAGUGUCGUCCGAGAACUAAACGGUAUCGAACCAAUCUUAAAUUGUUUAAAAUCGGAUUAUCCACAAAUCACGGAAGCAGCAUGUAAUUGUAUACAAAAGCUAGCCACCGACCCACUGAAUCGUGCUGUUUUGCGAGAUAACGGUGGUCUGGAUAAAAUGAUUGAUUUUAUUGGACAAGACGACAGUAAAGAUGUUCACGUUCACUGUUUGAAUGCUCUAGCUAAUAUUCUAGAAGAUACAGAGUGUCUUGAUCUUAUUCAAUCAAAUGGUGGCUUAAAACGACUAAUGCAAUUCGUUCAAGACAGUGUCGUACCAGCAGUACAAGCAUCGGCUGCAAAAGCGAUUGGACGUGCAGCUAGGAAACCUCAAAACCGGAAAAUAUUUGCUGAACAAGAUGCUGAACGAGCAAUGGUAUUUUUGUUGCUAAGUGAUCAUGAUGAAGUUCGUAUUGCGGCAUGUCAAGCUUUGGCCGUAAUGGCAGAAAGCAUGCUUAGUAGAGAAACUAUUAGAAACAACGAUGGAAUAUUAACAUUAGUACAAAUGAUGCAAAAGGAAAAUGCGCGUCUUCGUGAAUUUUCAACAUUAGCCAUGUCGAAUCUGACUCAGAGUAAUCCAAAUAAUUGUCGUGAACUACAAGAUCAGAAUGGUAUUGAAGUAUUAAUUAAAUUGUUGAGCGACGAAAAAGAUACCACAAAAGCGUAUGCUUGUUCAACACUAGCCAAUUGUUCAACAGAUGUUGUCAUUCGAACAGAUGCUCUUAAUAAAGGCAUUAUUUCAGCGUUACUUGUGCCUCUAAAAUCAUCUUAUGAAGUAACACAAGCCAAAGCCGCGAUAGCAUUAUCGGCAUUUGGUAUUGAUAAAUCUGCGAAAAACGAGAUAUUGAACAAAGACGGUAUUAUUCCACAACUAAUCAGUCUCUUAAAAUCAAAUAAUGAUGAAGUACGCCGAAAUGCCUGCUUUGCCAUCAGUGUCCUAUGUACAGAUGUGACAAUUGCUACUGAAAUCCUAAGACACGGUGCUUUGGAAAUUAUUCGAGGCUUAAAUACAUCAGACUCACGAAAAAGUAAAUUUACAGAAAUGGCAUUACAGAAAAUAUUAGAUAGUCAUUUAUCAGCAAAAUAUUCUUAUCUCGGAAGAUUAGAUGUGAAUAAUGUAACGACCGAUGGAUUCUAUGAUAUGGGACCAAUCAAAGAAGAUGGCAAAUUUCUUACCAUUGACGAAUUAUCUCAACAAGAAUUGAAUGAAAAAAGAGCGAUUCUAGUCGUUUAUGCCCGAGAAGACAAUUCUGUUGAUUCAGUAGCAGGUCGUGGAAAAAAAGAGAAACGUGAAGUGGAGGAGAAAAGAGGCGAUGGUUUAGCAAAAUCGGCUGCGGAUUCGCAAGAUAACCCGGGAACGUAUAAACCCAUCAUUGAUAAAGAGUUUCAAAUGUAUGUGAAUGAGGUUCGAUCACAAUUAUCAUCUCUAACAUUACCAGAACAAAUUUCAGCACUGGCUAGAUUUGUAAGUGAUAAAAUGGGUGGUCCAAUAAACGUCGAAGAUAUUUCAAGUUUUGGUUAUGAAGUUGCAAUGAAUCAGUUGAAGGCUGAAGUUCGAUCAAAUAUAAUUCCAAUUGGAAAAGUGAAGAAAGGUAUUCAUGCACAAAGAGCAUUUUUGUUUAAGACAUUGGCUGAUCGACUUAAUCUCCAGUGUGCAUUAAUUCGUGGCAACUACAAUCGAGCCUGGAAUGAAGUUAUAUUAGCGGACAAUACCAAGGGUGUUCGAUUUCCUCCAAAAGUAUGGAUCGUCGAUUUAUUACACGAACCUGGACGGCUUAUUUUAGCAAAUUCUACUGAUGCAAGAUUGUACACCACGUUAUCUUAG